CUGAGAGUUGAGAGGAUAACAGAACUCCAGGAGCGCAAGUGCAAGGGCAACUUCUACUCCAGUAGGCAGAGGAAACAAGAUGGAUCAGCCAGGCCAAUCUGCAAGCGAUUCCGACGACUCCUACGUUAUAGAGAUAGAGAUGCCUCAGUCUCAGCUGGCCAAUGAGCUGACGAAGGAACUAAAGGCCCUGGAAUCAUCCAAGGCGCACAUUGGUGACGGGGGGCGCUCUUCUUCUCCCAUCAUCGUCGCCAAGGUCCGCGACCUCACACGCAACGUCGACAGCAGCGAGUACGACCCUAACCACGUGGCCAUCGGCCCGUACAACCACCCUCGACCACAGAGCAACAGCCUGCACCUCGCCAUGGAGAAGGACAAGCUGUCGAGCCUCCAAAGGGUGCUCUCGGCGGCAAAGGUGGAGAGACCCGGCGUGACAGUGGACAUGUACGUCAAUGAGCUCACAUGCCUCGAGGAGUCCGUGAGAAAUUGUUACGCCAACACGUUUGAUGACAUGACGAGCGAGCAGUUUGUGCGCAUGCUCCUCCUCGACGGUUGCUACAUACUCUCCCGCCUGGUUGACCUCCCAGUCCGGGCAGAGGCACAACCCGCCGACGUUGCACCGGGGACUGCGGAAGCCGGCGUCCGGUCGGCAAACCGGGCAGAGGCGCUUGCGGUUGUCCGCGACGUGUUUUUCCUUGCAGAGAACCAGAUACCCUUCUUCGUCCUUGAGAAGAUAGGGGAGCUGACAACUUUGAAUGGUAAGGAUCGUGUGAUUAAAGAGAUCGCGGAGUACGCCCAGAAACUCAUGAGUGUACACAAGUACGUAGUGGGAUCGCCGUCCAUGGUGGUGCCGGGCAAUCUUCUCCAUCUUCUUCAUACGCACUUGAAGCCUGCUGCACCCUCUGUCUCGCCUACUGCAACAAUCAAAGGCGCCAAUCCCGUGUCUGUGAGCCGAUGGCGCUCCGCGACGGAGUAUAGGUUUGCAGGGGUGACGUUCAAGCGUCAGUCCAUGAGCAAGCCGGAGCACGCACCACGUUGCAUUCUUGACGUGAAGCUGGAUUGUGGCGGCACCCUGGAGGUCCCCGUCCUCGACAUCGACGGCGAGACGUGGCGACUACUGCGCAACCUGAUGGAGCUUGAGCAGCGGAACCGGGAGGCGGUGGGGAGCCACGUCACAGCAUACUGCGUGUUCAUGUCACAGGUGGCCUGCACCACGAAGGACGUAGAGCUGCUGUGGAAGAAGGGCAUCAUCGUGCACAGUCACGGCAACAAUGACGAGGUGGCCAAAUGCUUUGCGGACCUCUGCAAGGGGAUCCUAUUUGAUCCUGACGAUCCUGAUUGCAACUACCUGCGGGAUACAUGCUUGAAUCUGGAGAAGCGUUAUCAGAGUUACUGGCGGAGGUGGAUGGCGUGGCUCAGGCGGAAGUACUUCACCAACCCUUGGCUCGCCGUCGGGCUCGUGGCAGCUGCCAUUGGCCUAGUUUGCACUGUCAUCCAGGCAGUGUACUCUGCUUUGAGUUACAAAGACUGAGGGAAUUAGGAUAAACUGUUAUUACGUGUUGUCAUGUUUCAACGUGAGAAUAACUACGUGUUGUUUAUGUAAUUAUGUUC